UCUUGCGCCAUUGAUCUAUCGAGUACCGUCUUUUUUCUCGUUUUUCUUCAUACGUUUGUACCACACACGUUAGUUAGACGCCUCACGGGUUCUGUGGACCACUGAAUCGGUCGUUAAUCCCACCCACGUUACCUCCGGACUCGGUGGGACAAAUAGAACGAAGGGGGAGUCUAGUUGUUGUUACUCCGGCGUUAAUUUAUUCCCCGUUUUUUUUUUGAGUUUUGGAGUGCUCCGGGAUGAGUGUUACUGUGCGUGAAAUAAUAAUAAGGGGUUUCUAACCUCGAGGAGCUGUCAAACCCGGACGGCAGACGUCUGAGCUAUCAUGGAGGAUUUUCUCGUCACAUCGAGGCACGCACUGAAAAAUCUGGAUAAAUAUGAAAAAAUUCGAGUGAUUCUUGGAAACGAAAGCUGCGAUUUAGACUCGGCAGUUUGCUCCCUGGUUCUCGGAUUAUUCCACUACUCCAUGCUUGAAAAAGCAGAUACAAAGAACGCUGGAGUGAUACCACUGCUGAAUAUUCCUAAACGAGAAUUUAAAAUUAAGACCGAGGUAGUUUUUCACUUACAGCAUCAUGGCAUUCAACUGGAACAUUUGAGCUUUAGAGAUGAAAUAGAGCUAAAGAAUCUGUCGAACGAGAAAAAAUUGGAACUCUGCCUGGUGGAUCAUCAUACGCUGAACGAGCACGACGCGUCAUUGGCAGACUCAGUUGUCCAAGUAAUCGAUCACAGACCCCAAGACCCGAAUUGGUUGUGGACAGGCAGAGAUAUUAAUUUGGAAAAGGUCGGCAGUUGUGCGACACUCGUUGCUAGGAGAAUAUUUGAGGAAAAACCGGACAUUCUCAAUGCCCAAAUCUCGAAUUUAUUGCAAGGUCCGAUCCUUGUAGACACAUGUAAUUUCUCAGCCGAGGCGGGUCGUGCAACGCCCCUCGAUAUUGAAAUAAUGGAAAAAUUGGAGUCACUGAGGCAGGAAAAAGCGACGAAAACUCGUGAUGAAAUUCACUCGUUAAUACUUGAUGCAAAAACUGACAUCAGCUCCCUAUCGCCCGAGGAUCUGCUCAUAAAAGAUUUGAAAUACGUAAAUGGAAUACCAAUACCCGGAUUUCCUAUUCUCGUCGAGGAAUUCUUGAAUUUAAAUCGCGCUCUGGAUGCCGUGAAUUCGUUUACAAGCGAAAGGGAAUGCAGAAUCACGAUUCUACUUGGGAUGGAUUUUAAGAGGGACGUGGUGAAGCGAGACCUCGCUGUCUUUUCCUUCUUGCCCAAUGAGCUGGAAAAUAGAAUACGAUUGGCUUUGGAGCAGUCAGAUCUCGACCUGCAGCAGGUCAGUGAAAAAUCGAAAGAAAAUUGGUGCCUGAGGCUGUACAAACAGGGUGGCGUGCGGGCAACUCGCAAGCAAAUAGUCCCGAUUAUACAAAGCGCAACGGCCAGCCAGUGUUGACCAUACACGAGUCUCCCUAUAACCCUUUGCCUUUCCCCUCUCGCUGGGCAUCAACAGUGAUACAGAACCUCCUCCCCUCGUACUUUCAGAGAUUCAACCACCCAGCAGACCAACUACACUAUACAAACCCCAGUCUAAACAUUGGACAUUGUGUUAAAUUAAUUAAGAGGGCUUCUUAUCUAAUUACAUCCUGCUCACUCUUCCCUUCUUCCUGCGUUAUCAUUCAGACUUCAUUAAAAUAUGCUUCAAGUGGAUUUUGCAAACUUCCUCAUUCUGCUGUUCAUCAUUCUACGAUUAGAGGGAAUGAAAAAGAUCGUAGAGAAUUCAUGACAAAAGGGGAUUGCAUUGAAGUAGGGGCACUUGAGGAGUUGUAUGAUUUUUUUUAUUUAAUAAAUUGGGAAAUUCGGAAAUUAAAUGAAAAAAAGACACAUUUUUUAAUGGAUAUGAUGAAUAAUCAAGAAGUUUCGUCCAUUGAAGAAAUAUUUUCUGUCGUCUAUAAUUCCGAAAUUUAUCAUUGUUCACUGAAAAAAAAAAUUAAUUCAAUGAGAAAUUAGAGUUAACUGGGAAAAAUGUCUCUUAUUCUUUAUUCCAUCCUCAUUUUCGAGAAUAAAAAAAGUCAUGCGAUGCCUCAAUUAAAUGGGCAGUAAAAAAUCUCAGGAAAUGGAAAAAAAAUUAAACUCAAUUUCCUCUCCUUAAUAUUAAUUAAUUCAUUAAUUGGCAAUAAAACUUUAUAAAAUAUCAAUCAAAAAUUCAACAUGUCUGUUCUCUGCAGUUUUGUCCUCAAUUUUAUUCCCGGAAAUGUUCGAUCAGAGUUCACGAAGGGUUGAGAUAAAGAAAUUUCAUUAUUCUUUUCCAUUGGACAUGAAUAAAUUUGUGUUAAACAAUUUGAAUAAAAACAUGUGUUAAAUUAAUUAAGAGGCUUUCCUUUCUGAGAUGUCAAAUGAUGAAAUCUCAAAUUAUGAAAAUAAUGAAAAAUCAACAGUUGCAACGAUUGAACAAAUAUUUUCUGUUGUAUUUGUUAAUUUAAAAAAUCAUGCAAAGCCUCAACAAAAUGUGUAGUAAAUUUCGAAUCUCAGAACAUGAAAAAAAACAUUUUCGCUUCAACUUUCUCUCCUCAACAUUGAUUAAUUCAAUAAUUUCCAACAAGACUGUAAAAUGUCAAUCAAAAGCUCAACAUUCCUGUUCUCUGCAGUUGUGUCCUCAAUUUUAUUCCUGGAAAUGUUCGAUAAAAGAGUUCAUCAACAAUUGAGCUACGGAAAUUUCAUUAUUCUCUUUCUCCACCAUUGAUCGCCCAUUCUCCUCAUUGCAGUAUAAAAUGAGGAAUAGAGUUCCAAUAUCGAGAGAUAAAAAAAGUUAUUGAUAUUUCCGAGAUUAAUGAAGCGCAAAUGGUUUUUUUUCCACCCACUACUUGGAAUCUGCCAUUUUCCGAGCUUUCCAACGGCAUCCGACAAAUAAUCCUCUGCUCUUUUGAUCCCGGAAUAUUGAUAUAAAUGUAGAAAUGUACAA